AUUGAAAAGGCAAAUCCUCGAGCCCAAUUGCAAGGAAAAGUUAAAAUACCAGUCAAAAUGAGCACCCCAUCUACCCCAAUACGAAAAAAGCGCACCACCAGUAAGUUGGUUGUCCUAAAUGAAGAGGAGUUGAUACAUCAAGUUCAUUUGCGGCCCAUACUCUACGAUCGUACCUUAAAAUCCUUUCGAAAACCUUCAAUGCGUUUGUUGCACUGGCAGGAGGUUAGCGAUGCCAUGGGAGCCACAACUGGUGAGUGUAGGCGAAGAUGGAGGUCUUUGAGAGAUGCAUUUGCAAAACACUAUAAACAAAUCCAAAGGACAGAGGAUGAACAUGUACGAAAUAAACAUAGAAAAUGGGUAUUUUAUGAUCAGAUGGCAUUUAUGAUACCCUACAUGGACAAUGCUAGUUAUGCUCUGGAUGAUCAUCUCAUUGAAGAAUUUGGUGACAACUCCGAUGACCAAAGUGUACACUGUGAGACAACGGUAAUAGCACCCUCUCAAGAAACUGAAAAUAACAAAUUGUCAUCUAGCAUCGAAGAGCAUAACGAUAAUCAUGCUCAUCAAAAUACUGUCUCAGUUCAGGCUACAGAUUUUAUGCCCGUACCGGAAGAAACUGUGGUGGUGUCAAAAGAGAAUUUCGAUUUCACUAGAGCACAAACACACCACACUAUGGCCUCACAUCAUCAUACAUCAUGCAGUAAUGCACUUCACUGUUAUGAUUCCGAUGAAAAAUUCCUACUUAGCUGUGCCCCUGCAAUGCGUAGAUUAACCAAUAGACAGAAUGCCCGUGCCCGCCUGGAGAUACAGCAAAUUCUUUUUGAUAUUGAAUUUGGUAAUCGUGAAAAUCAUCAUUAG